CAGGUCACCUUCGACGAGUUCUACAAGCUCAUGACGAAUCCGGCCCCGCCGCUGCCGACGUCCCUGCCCGCCGCGCCCAGCAGGGGCCCCGCGAACAUGAUGCGAGCAGGCACGGACGCGUCAAUGGCGCGCAAGUCAUCCGCGGAAACUGGCAGCUACGACGUGGUAUCCCGCGUGGCGUCCUUGGCCGGCGGGAGCCCCAUGUCAGGCACGCAGAUGGCACGGGUCCACACCGUCGCGAACAUUGUGCGGAACAAGCAAGAGCUGUGGCGGAGUGCGUGCGCGGGAAGGAGAUUGGCUGGGUCAACCAGCAAGAAGCUCAAGCCCUCGCAGAUUAAGAAGGUCUAUAGAAGAUUUCAGGAGCCCGCCGCACUGAUCUAUGAGAGUGAGAACGCUUAG